AUGGACUCCCCUCAUGAGGACGACAACAAGGCCAGGGCCAUGAACGACUACCUUCAGGAGCUCCCCUCACAGCACCUGGAGCCCCUGUGGUCUCAGAUGAACGUCAUGGUGCCACCCACACCCGCGCCCGUCGCGAAGCCUCAUAUCUGGAAAUACGCCGACAGCCUGCCCCUCCUGCACAAGGCCGCCGAGAUGGUCGGUGAGAAGCAGGCCGAGAGGAGAGUCCUGAUGCUGGUAAACCCCAACAUGGAGUCCCCUUACACGACGGACACCAUCUACGGAGGUCUCCAGAUCGUCAACCCCGGCGAGACCGCCCCGGCCCACCGCCACAUCGCCUUCGCCCUCCGCUUCAUCAUCGACGGCGAAGGGUUCACGGCCGUCGAGGGUAAGAAGAUGCCCCUUCGGCGCGGCGACGUCGUCGUCACGCCCACGUGGCACUGGCACGACCACGGCAACGAGAGCGACGCGCCCGUCAUCUGGCUCGACGCCCUCAACCUGCCUCUUUUCCGCUUCACCCCCGUGCACUUUGCGGAACAGUACCACGAGAGCCGCUACCCCAGCGUACCGACGGAGAACUGCGAGUGGAGGCACCCCUGGGCCGAGGUUGAGGCCGCGCUCGACGCCCAGGACGGACCCUACGCCGUCCACCACUACACCGUCCACGGCAAGCCGCUGUCGUCCAUCCUCGGGGCGCAGGCCGAGCGCAUCGGUGGGCACCACACGACGGACGAGGUCCGCGAGCAGGCCUCGUUCCUCUACCACUGCUACGAGGGCCGGGGCCGGACCAUCGUCGAGCCCCCGACGGGGCCCCGCGUCGUCUUCCGGUGGUCCGCGCGGGACACCUUCGCCGUGCCGGCGUGGUCGAAGAUUCAGCACGUCAACGAGGACUCUGCGGCGGCGUACCUCGUCGCCGUCAGCGACAGGCCGCUGCUGAGCAGCAUCGGGCUCGUCAAGCCGCAGGCGUAG